AUCGCGAUACUGACUUUCCUCCUGUCUGUAAGAUGUUGCUGGGGUCGUGUUAAUGCUGACCUACUGAUGUUUGCUUAGCUUAUUAUAUAGAAGAUAAACCAAGACGGUGAUAUCAAACUCAUUAGAGAUGACGGGCCUACAGCCCUGAGUCUGUCCAAAACAGAAACAAUUUCUUCAAACAGUUGAGAUGCACUGUUUUAUGUCAGUGUAGAUGCUGAAAGGGACUGAGGGGAGACAGGGGGCAGAGUUAAUUGCUUGGGUGAAUAUCUCACCACCCUGGACAUGAUGGGCCCUCGGCGGAAAUCCACCAAGAUACGAAGUGCUGGAGGAGGAAUGAGGGCUUGCAGCAUGUUGCAGGAGGUGGAUCCCAAAGAUUAUAUGAAUGAACUUUCACAUGAGGUGCUCUGCCACAUAUUCAGGUAUCUGCCAAUGCAGGACAUUAUGUGUAUGGAGUGUUUGUCACGGAAGCUACAGGAAGCAGUUACUCUGUAUUUGCGGGUGGUCAAAGUAGUGGACCUAUGUGCCAGUCGGUGGUGGGAGUACAUGCCUUCAGGAUUUACAGAUUCAAGUUUCCUUACACUCUUGAAGAAGAUGCCUGAUUUGGAGCAGUUGUAUGGCUUGCACCCACGUUACUUAGAGCGCAGAAGAGUCAGAGGAUAUGAGGCAUUCAGUAUUCCUGGUGUUGUAGAAGCUCUUCAGACAUGCCCUAAUCUUUUGGGGGUGGAGACAUCUCAUUUGGAACUGGUUGAAGCAAUAUGGAACUACAUGCCUCAGGUCCACAUCCUUGGGAAGUUCAGGAACCGCAAUGGGGCCUUUCCUAUUCCACCAGAGAACAAACUCACUAUUCCAUUUGCAGCUAAAAUCCAGACCCUCCAUCUUGUUGGAGUUAAUGUUCCAGAAAUUCCUUGUUUGUCCAUGCUCAAACACUUGUACAUGAAGUGGGUGCGUCUUACAAAGCCUCAGCCCUUCAAAGACUUUUUGUGUGUGAGCCUGCGUUCGUUCGUGAUGAGGAACUGUGCUGGUCCUACCAAUUCCUUGAAGUAUGUGCCAUUAGUGACAGGCUUGGCUUCUGCCCGUAAUUUGGAGCAGCUAGAACUGGUGAGAGUCCCUUUCUUGGGGGGACUGAUACAACAUGUGGUGGAAGACAGCUGGAGGUCAGAUUACCUUGCUUAUGUUCAUUACGUCAUCUUUCUGCAUCUCCUCUGCACUGCGGGGAAAAGCAUUCUGUCAGGAAUCCCCAGUGCUUGGCAUGGCUACUUUGCUUCUACAAACUCAGGGGGAUUUCGUAAUUUGCACACUAUUGUAUUUGGUGCCUGUAAGAAUGCACUUGAAGUUGAUUUGGGCUACCUCAUCAUUACUGCUGCACGCAGGCUGCAUGAAGUUCGAAUCCAGCCUUCAUUAACCAAAGAUGGGGUGUUUUCAGCACUGAAGAUGGCUGAACUUGAGUUUCCUCAGUUUGAGACUUUGCACUUGGGAUAUGUUGAUGAAUUCUUACUGCAGUGUAAGUUGAGUCAUACAGAGUUAGUGAAAUAUGGUCUUGCUGACGUAAUAGAGAAUCCAGGAAUCAUCACUGACAUUGGAAUGAAGACUGUUAAUGAAGUGUUUACCUCCAUCAAAUAUCUAGUUAUCUACAACUGCCCGCAUCUUCACAACCCAAACAACUGGAUCACAGAUCAUUCUCGCUGGAGCAGAUUGGUGGAUCUCACACUAGUGCGCUGUCAUGCAGUUAAACUUGAGUCCUUCAGCCAAUUUAUUGAAAUGCUGCCCAAUCUAGAGUUCAUCUCCUUAGACCAGAUGUUCCGUGAGCCCCCCAAGGGUUGUGCUCGUGUUGGUCUGAGUGCAGGCACUGGUAUUGGUGUAUCCUCUGCUCUGGUUAGCAACCAGAAUCCUAACAACGGCAAUGACAACAAUAACAAUCACCAGAACAAUGACGCCAAUAUUCCUCCACAUAAUCGUGACAAUGUUGAUAUGCCACCCCACAGAGUUGAGGAGAUCCCUGAUGUAGAUGGCAUGGCGGUGGAGAAUAUUGAGGCUGAGCCUCAGGCAAUGGCUGCCAGUCCAGAGGGGCAGGCUCUGGUCUGUCAGGCAUCAAAUCCAGGAGAGGAUGACGAAGAGCAGGCAGGACCCAGUGGUGUGCAGCCCACAAUGAAGAAAAUUCCUGUUGUUGUGUCUGAUUCUGACAGUGAGGAUGAGGAGGGUCCAGUCAGGAUCCAGGGAGCAUUUCAUUCCCAGCAGUAUCCUGAGAGAGACGGGCAGAAAAAAAGUGGUACUGAAGAAGAAUCAGUUACAACAGGCAAAGGGAAAACCCCACUUCGUCGACGGGGGGCUCAGUGUCCCAGCUGUGAGAAAGGCUGCCAGGUAACUAGUGAGCAGAUCAAAGCAGACAUGAAAGCAGCCAGUGAAACAGCAGAUAGUAGUAGAGACAGAAAUAGUGGGGCUGCUGGCCACACCACAGGUGGUUGUGUGUGCUCCAUCCGCUGGAGAGAGGAGUCAGUAAACCCAGAGAGACGAGGAGGCUCAGGAGGUCGGCAGGAAGGCACAAUGAGAACAUGUUGCACAUGCAGCAGGUCUCACUCAGGCUCUCAGAGAAGCAGUCGCACCACCCUCAGCCAUUCAUCUGAUGGAGAAAGCAGCAGAUCAACUUACCAUUACCCUGAGCAGAGAGCCCAGACAGAACAGUCGGAGAUCAGGCACAACACUGCUCCCAGUAGCAGUCUGAGCUCCACUGAGGGGUGUAGAGACAACUCUGUAGGCCUUCAAGGUGAAGUGAGGCCUCCACAAAGAACAUCAAGGGACAUGUUUUCCAGACGGCCAGUCACCCGUGCUUGCAGCAGGCAGUGCUCUGUUCCCCUUGUGUCAGAGUCAGAGCUUUCCAAAAGUAAGCCACGGGUUGCAGUGAAACGGAAACGUACAGCAGAUAAGUCCACUAGCACAAGUGACCCAGUGACCGAGGAUGACCAUGUACAGGUGCUUGCCCUAAAGUCCAAAAACCUAGUGGGAAUUACACUCACAAACUGUGGCAUCACAGACCUGGUACUGAAGGACUGCCCUAAAAUGAUGUUUGUUCAUGCCACUCGCUGCAGGGUACUGAAGUACCUAAAGGUGGAAAGUGCUCCCAUAGUGAAUCGCUUUGAUUAUGCCCAGUGCAAGAAGUUGGACAUGGAACAAGUUCUAGACCAGGUUUUGCGCAUACCUCCUGAGAGAAAUCGCAUUGUCUACAUGCGCCCUAUGCAACAGAUUGACUCACUGGCUCUGGAGAGAAAGCUGUUCAGUGGUCCUUACCCAUACCACAUUGCAUUUAUUCAUGAGUUCAGCAACCCCCCCAACGUCCGGAACAAGGUUCGUGUGCGGAGCUGGAUGGACACUGUUGCCAACAUCAGUCAAGAACUAAUAAAGUAUGAAUUCUUCCCGGAGGCUACAAGAACAGAAGAGGAUGUAAAAAAAUAUCCCAACUACCCUUGGGGCAGAGACAUCUAUACUGUAGAGGGAGUAGUAGAUGGCGCUCCCUACUCAAUGGUGACGGAUUUUCCAUGGCUUCGCUCUCUGCGUGCAGCAGUGCCCAACAGUUAUGCUCGUUACGACUUUGAGGAUGAUGAAAGUUCCACCAUCUAUGCCCCACGACGUAAGGGCCAGCUUUCAGCUGAUAUCUGCAUGGAGACUAUUGGUGAGGAGAUCUCAGAGCGGCGUCAGAUGCGGCUAGGUGUGUUCCAGCGCGUCGUUGUCAUAUUCAUUCACUACUGUGACAUGCAUGGGGAACCUGUGGAUGAUGACUACAUUUAAAACAUUGUUAGUGGAUCUGAUGUGCAUGAAUGCAGAUGACUUGUUUCCUACUCCUGCUGGAUCAUCUGUAUUGCCCUCUUUUUGCCCAGUUAUGCCUUCUGGAAAGAGAGGUGAAAGGGAAAUGUUUGUUGUUUUUGGCUUUUGUGCUCCACAUACACAGGGGAUGUUAAUUUGUCACUUUCUUACUGCACACCUGUCUGAUAAGUUGCAUAAAUUUCACUGUUAUUAGUUUUUUAUAAAACUUGUGCAAAUAUUAGUAAAUCUGCCCCAACUCUU